AUGUUCUCCAUCCAGGACGGUCUCCCACGGGGAGCCUUGACCAUGAAAGAAGAGCCCCUUACGAGUGGCAUGACGCCGGUGCGCUCUUGGAUGCAGAGCGCGGGGAUACUAGAUGCCAACACAGCUGCGCAAAGUGGUGUGGGUUUGGCGAGAGCCCAUUAUGAGAAACAGCCUCCCUCGAACCUGCGCAAGUCAAACUUCUUCCACUUCGUUCUGGCCCUGUAUGACCGGCAGGGACAGCCUGUCGAGAUCGAGAGAACCUCCUAUGUGGACUUUGUGGAAAAAGACAAAGAAUACAAUGGCGAGAAGACCAACAAUGGCAUCCACUACAGGUUACAGCUUCUCUACAGCAACGGUAUCAGGACAGAACAGGAUCUGUUUGUUCGAUUAAUAGAUUCCAUGACUAAACAGCCAAUCCUAUAUGAAGGCCAAGACAAAAACCCAGAGAUGUGUCGCGUUCUCCUCACCCAUGAGAUCAUGUGCAGCCGGUGUUGUGACAAGAAGAGCUGCGGGAACCGAAAUGAGACGCCAUCUGAUCCUGUCAUCAUCGACAGAUUUUUCCUGAAAUUCUUUCUCAAGUGUAAUCAGAACUGUUUGAAAAAUGCAGGGAAUCCCAGAGACAUGAGGCGAUUUCAGGUGGUGGUGUCCACCACAGUGAACGUGGAUGGCCAUGUCCUGGCCGUGUCAGAUAACAUGUUUGUCCACAACAACUCCAAACAUGGGCGGAGGGCGCGACGCCUGGACCCUUCUGAAGCAGCCACUCCAUGCAUAAAGGCCAUCAGUCCCAGUGAAGGAUGGACGACUGGGGGGGCCACUGUCAUCAUCAUUGGGGACAACUUCUUUGACGGAUUACAAGUGGUCUUCGGCACAAUGUUAGUUUGGAGUGAGCUCAUCACACCUCAUGCUAUCCGGGUGCAGACGCCCCCUAGACACAUCCCUGGGGUUGUUGAGGUCACACUCUCCUACAAGUCCAAGCAGUUCUGCAAAGGAGCUCCGGGACGCUUCGUCUACACAGCUCUAAACGAACCCACCAUAGACUACGGCUUCCAGAGGCUACAAAAGGUCAUCCCUCGUCACCCUGGAGACCCGGAGAGGUUACCUAAGGAGGUUCUUCUGAAAAGAGCUGCAGAUCUGGUGGAGGCGCUGUAUGGAAUGCCUCAUAACAAUCAGGAUAUCAUUUUAAAGCGUGCUGCAGACUUGACGGAGGCGUUGUACAGCGUGCCGCGGAGCCAUAACCAGUUGCCCUCGCUGACAGGCUCCGGCGCUCACUCGGGCAUGAUGGGAGUUAACUCUUUCAGCAGCCAGCUCGCCGUCAACAUCUCUGAGGCCUCACAGGGAGACCAAGGCUACUCUCGUAACUCAAACAGCGUGUCUCCUCGUGGGUACGUGUCGAGCUCCACACCCCAGCAAUCCAACUACAACACCAUCACCUCCACCAUGAAUGGAUACGGAGCCGGGAUGACCAACCUGGGCGUCCCUGGAUCCCCGAGCUUCCUCAAUGGAUCCGCCGCCAACUCUCCUUACGCAAUCAAACAGAAGAGCGCCUUCGCGCCUGUCGUCCGGCCACAGACUUCCCCGCCCCCACCUGCACCAGCACCAAUGGGAGCAGUCUACAGGCUAUGGCCGGUCUGAUAGUCCCUCCCAUGUGAAGAGGAACCUGAUCUUCCUCUAAGGCUUCAUAGAGCCCACAACAAACUCACUGGCUCACCAAAUCUGUCUGACACUCUCUUAUUGAACUUCACCAGUCCUAUGAGGAGCUGCCCAAAAAGAACAUCUACACCUGGAUUGCUAACAGAAAAAAAAAAGAAGUAAACCUGGCCUGAAAAUGUCCCAUGUCCUGAAAUGUCAAUAGAUGUGUUUGUUUUGCCCUCUAUGACUUCAUCUUUGGAGAUUCACUAUACCGGCAUUUCGAACAGGACGCAUAAAAGCUGGAUAUUAUCGCAAUGUGAACGAGAGGCCGAGGUUUUGAUACAUCCACGACUGAAGGGGCUUCUUUGCAUGGCUGAUGUUGUCUGUAGACCAUUUGUUUCAUACUGUGUGUCCGUCCUGUUUCCACUGUGAGAAGAGAGAUGCCACUCAUCCAGCUGGGACUGUGACGGCUCACAAGUCCAUUCCGAAUGGAUUCAUUCCUAAUUAUGAAAUGCAGUGUCUUUGGUUUUUGGCAUCAAGCUGAUUUUAUUUCCUUUCUCUUUUGUUUUAAACCAUCAAAUGAGAACACAAUGAUGAACAAACAAACACAAAAUGAUCCCAGACUGUAAUUUAGUGUUCGUCAGGAUGUUGGAUGUCAGUCAUUUUUACUCAUACCGUUUCUGUAGUUCCAGUAUAGUUCCAGGUGUGUGGAUAGGUAGAUUUAAGCCAGGAAUGCUUUCUGCAGUUUUAAUCACAUUUAGGUACCAGACAUGUUGAACUUCUUAUUGUGCUUUUUUUGUAUGUAUUUAUAAAGUUCGUUUCGGGAUUUCUUUGGUGAGUUAGGCCAGAAUAAUAGUAUCAAAUAUCUAUGUCAACACAUUUGAUGUCUUAAUACCUUUUAGAUAUUGUAAAAAGAAUGAAAAAUAAAAGGGAUAACACUUUUUUUUGUAAAAACUAAAAUGUCUAUGACAAAAAAAACAAACAAAAUAAACAUCCGGACAUGACCGGGACACC